CUAAGUAAGUCUAACGGACUGGGCACUUGUAACUUCAGUUAUGAUGCAAGGUAUUGAAUUCUACCUACGAAAUCUAUGGAGGUCGUUGCCUGUGGACUCAGAAGUGCCUAGCAGAGUUGAAUGUGUUUGCUGUUUUGUGGUCCACAAGAGGUGCCAUGAAUUUGUUACUUUUUCUUGUCCGGGUGCGGAUAAGGGACCCGACACUGAUGACCCCAGGAGCAAGCACAAGUUCAAAAUCCACACUUACGGAAGCCCCACCUUCUGCGAUCACUGCGGGUCCCUGCUGUAUGGACUUAUCCACCAAGGGAUGAAAUGUGACACCUGCGAUAUGAACGUUCACAAGCAAUGCGUCAUCAACGUCCCCAGCCUCUGCGGAAUGGAUCACACAGAGAAGAGGGGGCGGAUUUACCUAAAGGCUGAGGUUGCUGAUGAAAAGCUCCAUGUCACAGUACGAGAUGCAAAAAAUCUAAUCCCUAUGGAUCCAAACGGGCUUUCAGAUCCUUAUGUGAAGCUGAAACUUAUUCCUGAUCCCAAGAAUGAAAGCAAACAAAAAACCAAAACCAUCCGCUCCACACUAAAUCCCCAGUGGAAUGAGUCCUUUACAUUCAAAUUGAAACCUUCAGACAAAGACCGACGACUGUCUGUAGAAAUCUGGGACUGGGAUCGAACAACAAGGAAUGACUUCAUGGGAUCCCUUUCCUUUGGGGUUUCGGAGCUAAUGAAGAUGCCAGCCAGUGGAUGGUACAAGUUGCUUAACCAAGAAGAAGGUGAGUACUACAAUGUACCCAUUCCAGAAGGGGACGAAGAAGGAAACAUGGAACUCAGGCAGAAAUUCGAGAAAGCCAAGCUUGGCCCUGCUGGCAACAAAGUCAUCAGUCCCUCUGAAGACAGGAAACAGCCUUCCAACAACCUGGACCGAGUGAAACUCACCGACUUCAAUUUCCUCAUGGUGCUGGGGAAGGGGAGUUUUGGAAAGGUGAUGCUUGCCGACAGGAAGGGCACAGAAGAACUGUAUGCAAUCAAAAUCCUGAAGAAGGAUGUGGUGAUUCAGGAUGACGACGUGGAGUGCACCAUGGUAGAAAAGCGAGUCUUGGCCCUGCUUGACAAACCCCCGUUCUUGACACAGCUGCACUCCUGCUUCCAGACAGUGGAUCGGCUAUACUUCGUCAUGGAAUAUGUCAACGGUGGGGACCUCAUGUACCACAUUCAGCAAGUAGGAAAAUUUAAGGAACCACAAGCAGUAUUCUAUGCGGCAGAGAUUUCCAUCGGAUUGUUCUUUCUUCAUAAAAGAGGAAUCAUUUAUAGGGAUCUGAAGUUAGAUAACGUCAUGUUGGAUUCAGAAGGACAUAUCAAAAUUGCUGACUUUGGGAUGUGCAAGGAACACAUGAUGGAUGGAGUCACAACCAGGACCUUCUGUGGGACUCCAGAUUACAUUGCCCCAGAGAUUAUCGCUUAUCAGCCAUAUGGAAAAUCUGUGGACUGGUGGGCCUAUGGCGUCCUGUUGUAUGAAAUGCUUGCCGGGCAGCCUCCAUUUGAUGGUGAAGAUGAGGACGAGCUAUUUCAGUCUAUCAUGGAGCACAACGUUUCCUAUCCAAAAUCCUUGUCCAAGGAGGCUGUUUCCAUCUGCAAAGGACUGAUGACCAAACACCCAGCCAAGCGGCUGGGCUGCGGGCCUGAGGGGGAGAGGGACGUGAGGGAACAUGCCUUCUUCCGGAGGAUCGACUGGGAAAAACUGGAGAACAGGGAGAUCCAGCCACCGUUCAAGCCCAAAGUGUGCGGCAAAGGAGCAGAAAACUUUGACAAGUUCUUCACACGAGGGCAGCCCGUCUUAACACCGCCUGAUCAGCUGGUUAUUGCUAACAUAGAUCAGUCUGAUUUUGAAGGGUUCUCGUAUGUCAACCCCCAGUUUGUGCACCCCAUCUUACAGAGUGCAGUAUGAAACUCACCAGCGAGAACAAAUGCCUCCCCAGCCCCCAGCCCUCCCCACAGUGGGAAGUGAUCCUUAACCCUAAAAUUUUAAGGCCAUGGCCUUGUGUCUGAUUCCAUAUGGAGGCCUGAAAAUUGUAGGGUUAUUAGUCCAAAUGUGAUUAACUGUUCAGGGUCUCUCUCUUACAACCAAGAACAUUAUCUUAGUGGAAGAUGGUACGUCAUGCACAGUGUCCAGUUUAAUUCUGUAGAAGUUACGUCUGCCUCUAGGUUAACCCUUCCUAGAAAGCAAACAGACUGUUGCCCCAUUUUGGGUACAAUUUGAUAUACUUUCCAUACCCUCCAUCUGUGGAUUUUUCACCAUCGGAAUCCCCCAACCAGAGAUGUUAAAGUGAGCCUACCCCAGCCCAGGGGGCUGGAAACAUCUCCACCCAAGACAUCUUGGAAUCCAAGAACAGGAAGCCAAGAGAGUGAGCAGGGAGGGAUUGGGGAUGGGGGAGGCCUCAAAGUACCCUCUGCGUCCGUUCUCUGCCUCCAUGGAAACAGCCCAUAGAAUCUGAAAGGCCAGGAUGAACCUAAUCACUGUUCCCAAACAUUGACAAAUCCUAACCCAACCAUAGUCCAGCAGUUACCAGUUUAAACAAAAAAAGCCUCAGAUGAGUGUUGGGUGAAUCUGUCAUCUGGUACCCUCCUUGGCUGAUAACUGUCUUGAUACUUUCAUUCUUUGUAAGAGGCCAAAUCGUCUAAGGACGUUGCUGAACAAGCAUGUGAAAUCAUUUCAGAUCAAGGAUAAGCCAGUGUGUAUGUACCUUCAUUUUAAUCUCUGGGAGAUUAUUUUUCAAUCCAGGGUGCCAUCAGUAAUCAUGCCACUACUCACCAGUGUUGUUCGCCAACAGCCACCCCACACACACCAAUAUUUUGCUGCCUACCUUGUUAUCCUUCUCAAGAAGCUGAAGUGUACGCCCUCUCCCCUUUUGUACUUAUUUAUUUAAUAGGCUGCAGUGUCGUUUAUGAAAGUACGAUGUAUAGUAACUUACUGGAAGUGCUGAAUCUAGCAUCAGCCCCUACUGAUUGAUUUUCCUCCCUUCUCCAGCCCUGGAUGUCCACUUAGGGAUAAAAAUAAUACGGUUCUGAUUCCCAUUUCUAGUACGCCUGGAGCUGUAGAAUCAGGAAACCCGGAUGCCUAACAGCUCAAAGAUGUUUUAUUGCUAGAAGGAUUUUAAUAUGUUUUGCAAAUGCAUCAUGCAAUGAAUUUUGCAUGUUUAUAAUAAACCUUAAUAACAAGUGAAUCUAUAUUAUUGAUAUAAUCGUAUCAAGUAUAAAAAGAGUAUUAUAAUAAUUUUAUAAGACACGAUUGUGCUCUAUUUGUGCAGGUUCUUGUUUCUGAUCCUCUUUUCGAAUUAAGUUUUAGCUGAAUCCCUUGCUUCUGUGCUUUCCCUCCCCGCACAUGGGCACUGUAUCAGGUAGAUUAAUUUUUAAAUGUAGAUAAAAUUUCAGAAAUGAAUGGCUACUUUACAUGAUAGAUUAGGCUCUUACUACGUGUGUGUGUGUAUAUAUAUAUAUUUGAUUCUACCUGCAAACAAAUUUUUAUGGGUAAGGACUAUUUUUGAGCUGACACUCCCUCUUAGUUUCUUAAUGCCACCUUUCAUCCCAGUUCCUCCGCCACUUCCUCUUGGGGACAACAGGAAGUGUCUGAUUGCGGUCUGCCUAGUACACUGGUGCACAUGUGGCGUUGCUACAGCACCUGGGCUGACCUUUGUGUGUCCGUGUGUGUGUGUGUUUCCUUCUUCCCUUCAGCCUACGACUGUUGCUGACUCCAGGGGUGGGAGGGAUGGGGAGACUCCCCUCUUUAUGUGUACUGGACCCACAGGAAGCGUGCUGUCUUGAUGCCUCUGCAACGACCUGUCGUUUGCUCCAGUACGCACAAACUUCAUGAGACCAACACAGCCGUGCCCUGCAGGCACCAGCACCUGCUUUUCAGAGGCCGCAGACUUUCUUCCAGCCAUUGUGGCAUUGGCCUUUCCAGCCUUGGGAGGAGUACGCUGCUUUGGUGAGACACCCCCCAUGCAAGGUCCUCAGAGGAGCCAGGUUCUACCACAAACAGAAAGAGAGUGAAAGUAGCUGUCGGUCCUUGUAGAGAGCCACUCUGUUUCCUCCCAGAAGCAUCUCCUAGCUAAGCUUGCCGUAUUUUUCUUCUCUGGCUGUUUGCCUGAAGUUCGCAGAACGUACAACCAUGAAAGGCUUUUUGAGGUGAGAGGCCCAGGUGGUCCUGGCAACCCUGAGUAGAAGGAGAGAUGGGGUAGGGAAUG